GAACUGAAGCAUCACAACGUCACUACCAACACGCAAAUAUCCAGUGAAAAGUUUAUGUGAAAAGUUUUUUUUUCCAAUGUGUGUUCCCAAGCUGUCAGCAUCACCAGCUAAAAAAAGUUAAAAAGAGCUACCCCGCGAACCUCGGCCUAGCCACGCGGGGUUGGCCCUGAAAAUAGUCUGCUUCCGCCCUUCAACGUCCCGGGAGCUUAAAUCUACUUCCUAUCCAUCUCGCUUCCUUCCACAUCCCACCACCUCUCAAUCAACAACUUCAACUCUCUCCUUUUGCUCACAAUGGCCUCAUCACUGCAAACACAACCCCCGCCCCACCCAACCUUCCUCCUGGCCUAUCCCUCCCCGGGCAUCCUCCUCCUAACAAUCAACCGCCCCACAGCAAUGAAUUCCCUACCCUCCGCCUCGCAUUGGGAGGCCGACGCCCUCCUUUCCUGGUAUGAUAACGAGCCUUCUUUGAGGGUCUUGAUUAUCACGGGCGCAGGCAAGAAAGCGUUUUGUGCGGGGCAGGAUCUGAUCGAACAAGGUAAAUUCCGCGCGGAUCCUUCGACCCCAGUAGCAGCCAGAAGGCAUCCACCGUCCGGGUUCGCGGGGAUUUCCAGGAGGAUGGGGAAGGGGAAGCCGGUGAUUGCGGCUGUUAAUGGGUUUGCUCUUGGUGGUGGGUUUGAGAUUUGUUUGAAUUGGUGAGAUCAGCUCUUUCAAUCUUUCAAAUGAAGGGAGAAAGUGGUUGGCACGCGUUCAUGUGGCAGGCAUGUCGUGCCUCGCGGGCUCAGGAAGGUUAAUUCCCUGACGAGAUACCUACAGUGAUAUGGUCGUAGCAUCUCCCACAGCAUCUUUCGGCCUCCCCGAAGCAACCGUCGGUCUGUACGCCGCAGCGGGAGGG